UUUUUCAUUAUGAAAACAUACUCUGUGUACACUGUACAGUACAGUACAAGUCAAGUGAUUUUAUAAAUACUUACAUAAAUAGUGCCAUUAUUAUUACUUUUUUGGUCAUUAAUAUUUAAAUGCAGAUUACAUUUACUUUUUUAUUGGUAUUAGAAAACUCCUAGAAAUUAUACAUAUAUUUUAUAUCUGUGAUUAAGAUUUAUUUACUUAUAAGAUAAUAAUAUAAUUUUAAUUUUUUUUGUUAUUAUCAAUCUAAAACUAUGUUGAAAAUGCUAUGUUCAGACGCUGAAACUCAACCUGUGGAUAACUUGUUUAAAAAUAUAAAUACUAUUAAUGUUGAUACUUUGUUAGAAGUACAAAAAGAUGUCUAUCCUUAUGAUAUGGUUUCCUUAGUUUUUCUCUUAUAUGAUACUCCCGAAACAGCUCUUCAAAGAUUGAUUUUUUAUCAAAGAGUUUCAAAAGAUGUUGAAGCCAAUAGUAUGAACUUGCUUUACAGUUGGGCACUAUAUGCACAGUCUCGACCUACCUGGAGGUAUGAGUUUCUUGAAGCACUUACCAUAUGUAGGCUUUACAAUGUGAUCAGAAAACUGGGAUUUAAUGUGUCUCAUGUAAAAAAGCAUUAUUUGCCAGAAAACAUUCAUGUUACAGUCUACAUAGAUCCUAUGAAGAAAGCUCUGUAUAGAAUAUGUGAAAAUAUGACAUUGGAACAUUUGUCAAAGUUUAAAAGAACUUUAAUUUCAUAUACUAUAAAUAUCACUGAGCAUGACACAUGUGAAAUUAUCUUCUUGGAACUUAUGAGUCAAAAAUUCAUAAAAUUAGGACAAUACAACAAAGAAACAAAAAAAUAUAACAGUAAUUAUGAUAUUGAGGAGCUUGCAAUAAUAUUUGAUAACUUAAGCAGUUUAAGUGAAUAUGCAACAAUUCUAAGAGAAAUACAGAAUCAGAUUAAUAAUCCAAGCCAUAUGGAUUCUAUACAAAAAGUAAGCAGUGUAGAUAAUAAGCUAAAUUCAAGAAUAAAGGACUCUCUAACCCAGAGUAGAACAACUGUUAAUGAUUUUAAAGAAACAUUUGAGUACAUCCAUCAGUUACAAUUAGAGGAGGAACCCAAUUCAAACUUCAAGUCAGAUAAAAGUAAAUUAGGAUCAGAUGCUUAUGCUUUAAAGAACCUAAAACGAAUUGGUGUAUGUUGUAUUAUAAAUCAAGAAAAAUUUUACCCAUCAAAACACAGUAUCAAGCAUAAAACUUCGGCACUGUUGUCUGAUCGUAUAGGAUCCACAUGUGACCUCAUCGCUUUAGAAGAGACAAUGAGUUCAUUAAAUUUUAAAGUAAUAAGUAAAUCUAAUUUAAAUCAAACAGAAGUACAUCAAUUUAUAAAAGAAGUUAUUAAGAAACAUGUUUACCCUGAUGAUAGUGUAUUUAUGCUUUGUAUAUUAUCUCACGGUGUAAGAGGACAUGUGUAUGCAGCAGAUUCAACAAAAAUAAAAAUUGAAGAUAUACAGAAUUUACUGGAUUCAGAUGAGGCAGUUCAACUUUAUGGUAUACCUAAAGUUUUAAUUAUCCAAGCAUGUCAAAUUGAUUCAGAACCAGAUGUAGGUAGCAGGCUAGUGGCUGACAGUCCUAAUUCAGGUUUCUACUUGAAGAAGUCACAUUUCCUUAUAUACUGGGCCACAGCUCCUCAGUAUGAAGCUUUCAGAAAUGAAGAUAAAGGUUCAUUGUUCAUACAAUCAUUAUGUCUCCUCAUUAAGAAAAGAGCCAAACAUGAACAUUUGUUUGACAUUUUUACCAAAGUCACGGACUAUGUGACACAUCUAUGCACUUAUCUACAGCGCCCUCAAGUGCCAAUUUUUGAAACUACAUUAAGAAAAAAAUUAUAUUUAUGUUUACCACAAUAAUUUACAAUAUGUGUAUAUAUUAAUGGAAACAAACUUUUUGUCGCUUUGUUUAAUUUCAUAAAAUGUAAAGGCCAUAAUUUAUCCAAUAUUUUUGGGAGUAUUAUUGUGUACAUUAUUUAUGUAUAUAUAAAUCUGAAAGCUCUCUAUUGCUUUUGUAUAUUAUGAAUUAUAUUGUAUUAUUAAAUAAAUACACCAUUUAUGCUAUACGUAAAUUGAUACAGGAAAAUAAGAAGGAAUUAUUAGGAUAAUUGCAAAUAUGUAUACAGAGACACAUCACAAGAAAGUACAUUUAAUAUUUAGUUAUUAGUGAAUAAUAAUAAUGUCAUCCAGACCAAUUUCGGCCAUGGCGGCCAAUCUCAACAGAGAUUAGCCAACUACGCAAGAGAUAUUAGAGUGCAACUGUGUUUACACAUGCACUUGUGCACUAUAAUAUCUCCUGCAUAGAUGGCUCUUCUAAAUCUCUCUCUUCUAAUCUCUCUUGAGAUUGGCCGGCGUAGCCAAAAUCGGUCUGGAGGACAUUAUUAUUAUUAUUAGUGAAUUGUAAUAUUUAAUUAUUAUUUGGCAUUUAGAUUUAUAUAGCAGAUUUA